AAGCGUAACGUCUGGCAACCUCAAGCAGACAAAAGAAGCGCUGCGUCCGUGACCUGUUACAGGAGAGCAGGUACAUUUGGAUCUUUAACAGUUUAUUUUAUUUGUGGACGCUCAGAUUCUUACUUUAUUUAUAAAUGAAUACGAGUCGGACCGCUCGUCGAGCUCAGGAACUGAAGGUAUCAGCUUAAUUUGCUGUCAGCAAGGUAAUUAGCAGGCUAGCAACCCGGCUAACAGGCUGCAGAAAUACUAGUUAGAGAAAGUAUCAGCAAUAGUACACAUAUCAGAGCACAUGACUGCAUGCAACUGUCUGAUGAUCUGGCAAUCCGUCUAAAUCCAUUAAAAAAACACUAAUGAUAAAGGGUCUUAUUUUGAUAUGAUGGUGUUAUCCACACUUAUGUUAGCCAGCAUAGUUGUUCAUGUGUCUCAAGUUGAUAACAGAUCUGAAGAUGACUAGGUGGUCUAAUGUUUGGUUUCAAGGCGUGCUUCCAAUCACAAAAUUGAAAAACUACUUGUGUGGGCAUGAUCUGAGCCCCAUCACCUUCUUCUAAAGGUUUUAGCACAAGGUUCAGCUCAAGGAUAAAUAUGUUUUUGAAGUUCUCAGCCAUACUCCAAGUCCUCAUGACACUGCACCAAUCGCUGUUACUGUCCUCAUAGCUGAAGUCCUAUGACCCCUGCCCCCAUGUCCUGUCUGCCUUUCCAGUCCACACAGAUGUCCAUAUUAACAACUUAUUAACAUCAAAACAGCCCUAUGCAGCCAUGUAAGCACUGCUCAGGAGGAGAAUGUUACCUGUCACAACACUCAGGGUGUAGCCUUUUCAGAAUAUUGCACAGGGGAUGGGCAGUUAUCAAGAGCAUCUCAUGUAGCCCACAACUGAAACUGAUAACACAUUGUAGCUUUGCUACUGUCUGUUAUUGACACAGACUGUGUGUGGCUCUUCAGUGUGCAGUUCUGUAGCCUUUUGAAGCUCGGCAUAUGAUUGUGAAGUUUCAUCAUUAUAAUUUUUUAUUUCCCAUUUGGGCGUCUUAUGAAAUAAAGACUACUUGAGGAAUAAGGGAUUGCAGGGAUAUGCCAUAUAAGCCAGUUCUGCAAAACUAUGUUUACUAUCGGAAUGGUAAACUAUUGACCCAGCUAUUGAUUUGUGUUUUGACAUCUUUCCACUGCCUUGAUCUUUCUAAAUAUCAGUAGUUAAUGCCAAGAUGUUUCUCUCAUUCUAUCCCUCAUUCGCUCUGUCUCUAUCUCUCUCUUGCUGUCAUGUAGAUUAAUAAGUAAUUCUAUGGAGGCGCACAGAGGAACAUUCACCUGUUCUGCUCUCCAUGCCCACCCCCUUUUCCUUUUUUCCUUUCGAGAAAGCAUGACUUUUGAGUUGCACCAACAAAGCUCUAUAUGGAUUUGUAUUCAUUACAAAGGCUGGUAGACCUCCUACUGAAAUAUAUGGAACAACAUGACCUCUCUUUUGACUAUGGGUUAGUGUCUUAUAAUCAGAAACCUGCUGUGGAUUAUGAAUGAUCAGCUUGGAGGUUUUGAGGAGGAAAAAAGGAGUUUGGCUUGUGACGGGGAGUCUGUAAGUACCACAAGAACCAUUUCUGGAUCAAGAACCCACACCAGCUUUGUAUAUGCUGGCCAGUAUGGCACCUAAGAACGCUGUGUCGGAGUCUGUUACAGUGCUGGACAUGGCAGUCGUGCCAGAGAAGAAUCUGGACACAGAGAAGAAGGAAGUAGAGAUGUCAGAUAAGUCGGCCAGUGAGGAUUCUGUAGAUCACAUCCCUAAGCGUUUAUGGGUCAUGCAUGGUGCCGUCAUGUUUGGGAGAGACUUCUGCUACGCCAUGGAAACUGCACUGGUCACACCUGUGCUGCUUCAGCUAGGUCUCCCGGAACAAUACUACAGCUUAACCUGGUUCCUCAGCCCUAUUUUGGGUUUAAUUUUUACACCUCUGAUUGGCUCAGCAAGUGAUCGUUGCACUUUAAAAUGGGGACAGAGGAGACCCUUCAUUUUGGUGCUCUGUGUUGGAGUGUUAAUAGGACUGGCCUUAUUUCUUAAUGGAUCCAUCAUAGGUCUGUCUCUCGGUGACAUACCUAGCAGUCAACUUAUUGGGAUUGUGCUGACCGUGGUUGGUGUGGUGAUUCUAGACUUUUGUCUUGAUGCUUUGGAGGGACCAAUCAGAGCCUACCUCCUGGAUGUGGCUGAUACAGAAGAACAGGAUGUGGCUCUAACUAUCCAUUCUUUCUCAGGAGGACUGGGAGGUGCUUUGGGUUACAUGCUUGGAGGGCUGGACUGGACCGAUACAUUCCUGGGUCAAGCAUUUAAGGCCCAAGAGCAGGUCCUCUUUUUCUUUGCAGCCAUCAUCUUUAUAAUUUCUGCGACGCUUCACCUCUUCAGCAUUAAGGAGCAUGUGUAUAACCCCAACAAGCAGAGUGUACAGAAUGAUGAGGAUGCAGAAAGGCUACCUUCUGUUCAUUCCUGUGGAAGCUUUCCAUCCACUCGCCUCAUGCCUAAUUUAGAACUUAUUCCUGAGGAGGAGCCAUUUACAGCCCAUGAAUAUGAUCAGUCUGAGCGGGAAGCCCAAGCAGACUUUCUAAACAUUGACUUGGUGCGGAGUAAAAGCGACUCAGUUCUAGCCAUGCCAGAUGCUUCCAUAGAGCUUGACCCAGACUUGGACUUGGAACACGAUGGCCAGUUUCUAUGCCACAUUGAACCAACUAUAUUCCAGUACUUUCAGGCUCUCCAAGAAGAUGGAAUGUCAUUGGAUUACCGAGACAUCAACAAAAUCCAGCUUGGUCAGUACACUGACCACCAGUCAAAGAAGUCUGAGAGCAAUGAGGAAAAUGUCCCUGGAGCUGCCAAAGCUAUAAAUGGAAGCUUUGCUGUUCAAGGAACUCAAAUCACUGGUGCCACAAAUGCCACAAGUCAGUCAGGAAAACCCAACUUGCGUCAACCUAGUGCCACAGUGCGUUGCCGCCACCCUACCUUUUAUCGCCAACCCUCUUUUACUUUCUCAUAUCAUGGACGUGUGGGCUUUCAAUGGCGCCAUCGCUAUGCCAACAUGGCUGGGCCAAUCAAAUCAUCACGAAGCCUGAAUGACAUUGACAUAAUAUCUAGACGGCAUGAGCGACAGAAGCUGCAGCUGAGUCACAUUGUUGCAUCUAGCUGGAAUGCAGAAGAUGAAGAAAGUGAGGAUGGGGAUGGUGGUUCGACAGUCAAACAGCUCUGGUUGUCCAUGCUGAAGAUGCCUCCUCAGCUCUGGCGUCUGUGUGUAUGUCACCUCCUCACCUGGUUCUCCAUGAUCGCACAGGCUGUGUUCUACACUGACUUCAUGGGCCAGGUCAUCUUUGAAGGAGACCCAACUGCUGCUACUAACUCCACUGCCCUGCAGAACUACAGUAAAGGAGUUCAGAUGGGCUGCUGGGGGCUUGUGAUCUAUGCAGCUACAACUGCCCUCUGCUCAGAUGUGCUUCAGAGGAUUCUGAACAACUACGACCUAAGCAUUAAAAUCAUCUACAUGUUGGGGACUCUAGGCUUCGCUGUCGGCACUGCUGUCAUGGCCAUCUUUCCAAAUGUAUAUGUUGCUAUGGUGAUGAUAAGCACCAUGGGAGUCAUUUCUCUGAGCAUAUCGUACUGCCCUUAUACUCUGCUGGGACAGUACCAUGAAAUUAAAGAGUAUAUUCAUCACAGCCCUGGCAACUCACAGCGAGGCUUUGGCAUCGACUGCGCCAUCCUGUCGUGUCAGGCAUACAUCGCUCAGAUCUCAGUGGCAUCAGCGCUCAGCGCAGUCGUAGAUGCAGUCGGUACAGUGAGAGUGAUCCCCAUGGUGGCUUCAGGAGGCUCCUUUCUUGCUUUCAUUGCUGCAGCUUUCCUUGUCAUCUAUCCCGAUACUCCUGAUGAAGAUGACAGUGACGAUGAAGAUGAGCAAGGCUCCUGCUCCAUAAUGUCAGAUGCAGCAUUCAAGAACAGUACAGAGAAACUCAGUGUUCUAAAUUCAGUGUCGAGGAACAGUGCUGGCAAGCCAGAGGCUGAAUCCUCAGUUUGAUUGUUAAACCUGGAUAAACUUGAGUUUUAAAAGUGCAGAUCCUGGAAUACACAAUAAGUGCACAAGGGUAAGGUGAAAGGCUGCAUUUGCAGCUAAUGUGUGCAGAUUUUCUCCUCAGUGCUGAUAUUGUUGGCCUACUGAUAGAUCGAUAGUUUAAGAGGGACACUCUCUACCAUAGAUUCAUACACUCUUUUACAUAAUGCUGAAUGUAAUUCUGUAGUUACGGUACAGAGACAAACGUAUUUGAGUCAAAUACUUCAGAUUGUUUCUCAUGAUAUUUAUUGUUUGUGCCCAGCAUGAACAUUACUUAAUAUUCUAGAUGAGAGUACACAUUUCACUUUUGUAGAAGUAUUAACCAGUUUUACAUCACUACAAUGAAAAUGUUUUCUUUUGCAGUCAUUAUUCCUUUUUUUGCAUUGUUUUCCACUUCAAAUUCAACAAAUACAGUACAUUCCAGUUGUAUGUUUGUGCAAAGGCAACCUACGUCAUGUUUUCUAUGUAGACUGAUAUUGUUCUCCAGUUGGAUUAUUGUUGUAUUUCAUUAGUCUCAUCGCAUCAGAAACACUCAGGGGAAAGCUAAACAGCUGUUGCAUCUGAGCGUGACGCUCACUUUUGAAUAGUAUGUAAUUAUUCACAAUGCCAAAAUGAUUUGUUCAUAUGUUUUAUGAUUCUAAAGUUUUUGUAAGACAGUUGUUUUAAAAGUUGAAUAAGCUUUGGUUUUCUUGGGAACUCUUUUAAGGUACAACCAUAAUUUUGUAGAGAAAUGGCUGACCCCCUCAACUUUGUUGUGCAGCAGUGAUUAGUGAGCAAAAUGACAAUGUUGGUGGUUUACGAGGACAUUUUUUAAGUUACAAACUGGUAAUUACAAGGGUAUUAAUUAUGCUAUAAAUAUUGUUUAUGAGGACAUUUAUAGUGUCUGCAUAAUUAAAAUCUCUUAAACAUACUAAAUAAUGCUUUUUAGAAAAUAAAAAAAAUGCAGAACGUUUAAUCUACAGUUCUUACAGUAUAAAAAUAAUUAUGUAUAUGGAGAGUCCUCAUAAGGAUAGCCGCACCAAUGUGUGUGUGUGUGUGUGUGUUUUAAGCAAGGUGGAAACGUUAUAUCAUUUUUGUCAUAUGUGGAAGGUACUGCUGUGAUUUAUUUUAUAGUGUUUGAAUUGACCAAAUUGACAAUUUAUAUGGUACAAUAUGUUUAUGUAGAUUUUGUCUACAAUUUAAAUAAAUAGAAAAGUUUUA